AAUGCUGCAGCCAGGUCUCAACACACAGCACAAUGACCUCUUUGGUGGCUUAUGAAGAUUCCGACUCUGAGGAUGAGUCCUCAAAGGAGGAUGAGCCAUUUCGCCCAAAUGCCAACCCUGACAGUCAGGUGGAGCAUUCUCAAGGAUGGCAAGGACAGUUUGGAUUGAGCUCCAGCUUUCAAAACAGACCUGUUCUCAGUCCCCUAGAGGGAAGACAUGAAGCAGUGCAGUGCAGUAACACAGCAACCCCAGGGACUCUCAGGAGGGUUGUCUCUCAUCCCUUGACUGAGCCAGUGCAUCCUCAAAGCAGCAGAAGUGCAUCGUUGAGCAGCUCUGGGUGUGAUGUUGCUGUAAAGAGGUCUCAGCAUAAUACAGAGGUGGUCAGACCUUAUAUUCCCAAGCGACAAAGACUGGCCCAGCAGGAAAAGGCAGGUUCAUCCAUGGCUCCACAAGGGGACGCUCUCUCAGACCAGGCCACAGGAUCCAAGCUGCUGAUGGAGGUGUCUGAGAGCGUGCGCCCAUACCUGGGGAGGCGGUGCAGCGGGGCGGAGCUGCCCAGGCGUGUGCGGCUGCACUUCCAGGCGCAUCAGGGGCCAGUCAACACAGUCCAGUGGUGCCCAGUGCCCCAUCUCAGCCACUUACUGCUGUCUGCCUCCAUGGACAGGACAACCAAGGUUUGGGAUGGUGCGGGGAGUGGGCGGUGCCUGCGGACAUGCUCCUCCCACAGCGGGGCGGUGCGGGAUGCCUGUUGGACCCUCUGCGGGCGACACCUCCUCACUGGCUCCUUUGACCACAUGGUCCACCUGACCGACGUGGAGACCAGUCAGCAGGUGUUUAAAGUGGAAAGCCAGUUCAAGGUGACCUGCCUUGCCUUGCAGCCCAGCGACCCUCAUGUCUUCCUGUGUGGGGGAUUCAGCCCAGAAGUCAAAGCCUGGGACACCAGAACCAGCAAGGUGGUGAGGGUGUAUCGGGCAGCUGUCCAGCAGACCCUGGACAUCCUCUUCCUGGCAGGAGGGAAGGAGUUUGUGACCAGCAGUGAUUCGGUGAGCCGGGACUCGGCUGAACGCACGCUCAUCGCUUGGGACUUCCAGACGUCAGCCAAAGUGUCCAAUCAGAUCUUCCAUGAGCGUUACACGUGUCCCAGCCUGACGCUGCAUCCUCACAAUGAUUGGUUCGUCGCCCAGACCAACGGGAACUACAUCGCCCUGUUCUCAGCACAGAGGCCCUACAGGAUGAACAAGGGGAGGCGUUUUGAGGGACACAAGGUGGAGGGUUUUGCAGUGGGGUGCGAGUUCUCCCCUGAUGGGACAGUCCUGGCCUCAGGGAGCGCCACUGGCUCGGUCCACUUUUACGACUACCAGAGCUCCCGGGCGCUGCGGACCCUGCAGGCACACCAGGAAGCCUGCGUGGGCAUAAGCCUCCACCCUGUCCUGCCUGCGGUGGCCGCCACAUGCGACUGGAGCGGGGAGGUCAACGUCUGGCACUGACAGUUGGGAGGGCUGAGGGGGACAUGGCCAAGAAGCACCUCCAGGGACACAGUCACACACACGCUUUAACUCUCUUUCACACACAGCACUCGCACACUCACAAACAACCUGCUGCCAUGAAUUUGCAGAUCUAUUUUUUCAUCUUUAUAUAACCAUGAUAAUUACAGACAGACUGGAUGGAAGUAAAUUCAAUGUGAUAAGCCCAGGAUUUAUUUGUCAUGUGUUUAUUUACUUAUUUAUGCCUCAUUAAUUUUAGAACCCAGUCUACUGCUUAAUGUUUUUGUGAAUACACUUUUUAUCAUGAAAAUCCCUUGUGCAUGGGGUCCAUCUUGAGACCUGACGUUACUGAUCACUUAUUUGUCUUCAUUUACCAUGAGAAACAUCCAAAGCGGCCAUACGUAUGUGCAUCUGGAUGAAUGUCACUGAAUGAAGGACUUCAGCACUAGAUGAGAGAAUAUUUUACUACUACAUGGUAAGAAGACCAGUUUUUUUUUUAACCAAGUUCUAGCCCAUCUUGUGGAAGAUUCACAAAGGUCAAAUCAAAUCAUGGUUAUAACUUGUGGUUAUAACUGAAACUGAAUUCCAGCUGGAGAAUUUGCUCUUUGUUCUUUAUAUAUAAUUUAUAUUAUAUAUAAAUUUAUAUAAUUUUUAUAUAUAAAAGUGACACAGCAAGGGGAGAGGUGAUUUAGGGCCGAUACUUCCCCACCAGUGACUCCACCCCUUCCCCAG